AUGGGAGACGCAACACAAGACACAUCCGUCGAACUCCAAAACCUCUCCUUCUCCUACACCGCCGACAACUCCUCCCACGCAAUCCUCGAUGACGUAUCCCUCUCCCUCCCCGCCGGCUCCCGAACCCUUCUCAUUGGCGCAAACGGCGCUGGAAAAACCACGAUUCUGAAGAUUUUGGCGGGAAAGCGUAUUGCGAAGGAGGGUGCGGUGAAGAUUGGGGGUGUUGACCCGUUUAGGGACGGGGCGCAGGGAAUUACGUAUUUGGGCACAGAGUGGGCCAAUAACCCGAUCGUCCGGAACGACAUCCCAGUCGCACACCUUAUCGCCUCCGUCGGCGGCGAAGCCUUCCCCGAACGCCGCGACGAACUCGUCCGAAUCCUGGACGUCGAUCUCUCAUGGCGCAUGCACGCCGUCUCAGACGGUCAGCGUCGUCGGGUACAGCUCGUGAUGGGCCUAAUGCGACCUUGGAGAAUCCUUCUUCUCGAUGAGGUCACCGUCGACCUUGAUGUGCUGGUCCGCGCGGAUUUCCUGGAUUUCCUUGAGCGAGAAACGAAAGAGCGAGGUUGCACAAUCGUCUACGCAACACACAUCUUCGACGGUCUCUCCUCAUGGCCCACCCACCUUGUCCACAUCUCACUCGGCCGAAUCUCCUCGUUCGGGCCAGCCUCGGAGUACCCGGAACUCAACGCCACCCAGUCGACGGGUAACUCAUCGUUGUUGGCGUUGUGUUUGGGGUGGUUGAAGGAGGAUCGGGAGAAGAUUAGGGCGGGGGAUAAGAGGAUCAAGUGGGAGGAUAUUAGUGAGUUGCAGAAGCAUGGGGAGGGGGGCGCUCAUAAGUUUGGGAAGUAUUUUAAUAAGACUAGAGGGAAGGAGUAG